AAUAGCUUGCUAGCUAACGAUAGCUAGCUAGAACUGAAUUAGCCUGCAUUGGGCCGGGUUGUUGGGGUAGAAGAAAUGAUGCUUUCGCUUGGUUUCAUGUCUGCCGUAGGAAUGUUUGUGGUCGUAUACACCGUUAACCACCAGUUUGGCUAGAUGUCUUACAAGAUAUUGAAAGACGAAAUGACACACUUGAGUGUCCGUCGAUGGGCGCCAAAACACGUCGCCAGGUGGCUGAAGGAAGAGGGCUUCUGUGACUAUGUGGACCUGCUGUGCAACAAGCACCGACUGGAUGGCACCAGUCUGCUGGCCCUGAGCGAGUAUGACCUCCGCUCACCACCUCUGGAGCUCAAGGUGCUGGGGGACAUCAAGCGCUUGAUGGUGUCCAUCCGCAAACUGCAAAAACAGAACAUCGACGUGUUGGAGGAGCUGGGUCUUCCCUUCGAUGGCCAUUCUCCUACGGGCUCCGGGGGCAGUUUGGACUGGCUGUGUAAUGGAGACCCAGGCAGAGACUGUGAUAGCACUGACACAGCACCAGUGGGAGAGGAGUAUCAUCAGUACACUAAUGGGAAGUACAAGCAGCAGACGAGGCGCCUUGAUCCAGAGUACUGGAAGACAGUGCUUAGCUCCAUCUAUGUGGUGUUUGUGUUUGGAUUCACAUCCUUCGUCAUGGUCAUUGUGCAUGAGAGGGUGCCUGACAUGCGCACAUACCCUCCACUGCCAGAUAUUUUUCUAGACAGUGUGCCUAGGAUACCGUGGGCCUUUGCUAUGGCUGAAGCAUGCGGAGUGAUCCUCUGUAAUAUCUGGUUGCUGGUUCUGCUGCUCCAUAAACACAGGUCCAUCCUUUUGCGCCGCAUGUGCAGCCUCAUGGGAACGGUGUUCAUGCUGCGCUGUAUCACCAUGUUUGUCACCUCCCUGUCUGUGCCAGGACAGCACCUGCAAUGCUCAGGAAAGAUAUAUGGUGACAUGUGGGCCAAACUGCAGCGAGCUGUGGCCAUCUGGAGCGGAUUUGGGAUGACCCUGACAGGGGUUCAUACAUGUGGUGACUACAUGUUCAGCGGGCACACUGUGGUCAUUACCUUACUCAACUUCUUUGUCACCGAGUAUACUCCACGAAGCUGGAACUUUAUUCACACGUUGUCCUGGGUCCUGAAUCUCUUCGGUAUCUUCUUCAUCUUGGCUGCACACGAACACUACUCCAUCGAUGUGUUCAUAGCUUUCUACAUCACUACCAGACUCUUCCUGUACUACCACACUCUAGCCAACACCCGGGCCUACCAGCAAAGUCGACGAGCUCGCAUCUGGUUCCCCAUGUUCUCCUUCUUCGAGUGCAACGUGAACGGCCCCGUCCCCAACGAGUACUGCUGGCCUUUCUCUAGGCCUGCUACGAUGAGGAGGCUGAUUGGAUAAUGAGCAAUAUCAGUGGUACUGUCAGACACUUUUCAGCUUGUGCUGUUUUGUCUUCUUUGUCAAGUUGCCAACCGAGGUGGUGUGUGAUAUCUUCAUCAUCAAAGACAACUGAUGUGAUCCUGUUAGCACCGAGGCCUGAUGGGAUACACAGAGCCAUACCUUCUUAAAUUCUGGGACUCAUCUUCUAACCUCUCUCCCCUGUCACCAUUUUUAGGCGGAUGAAACAAAAUCCACAUAACAAAAAAAAGUUUCUUAAAAGCCCCAUCAACACAUGAAUGCAUUUUUUCAUUACCUCUCAACUUAAAAACGUACGUGUGUGUUAGUGUUUGCUUAGCACAUGGUAAAAGGAAGCUACAUCAAAAAAUUCUCAGGCGGCAGUGUACCUAAUCUUUUGCAGUUUGCCAUUUUCUGUGCAAUUACAGUACCUGAUCAUUUCAUGGAUUGCAUCUGAAUUCUUGACUGAAAGUUUAGUCUUACUACCCACUUUGUAAUCUACCAAAACAUCACACUAUGGACCACUGUUAAAGCAAUAUGUAAAGAUCUACAUGUCACUGUUGCUUUUUAUUCUGUAUAGCAAAAUAUUGUUCAUCAUGUCAAGAAACAUGUCUGCAGACUGGACAGAGUAAUGAAUGCUCAUACUGAAAGAUAAAAUACAACAGAUCUUUGUUUAUGUUGUUCACUUAGCCUGUCUUUUCCUUACCAGACCUAGAAAAGAUACAUUCAAGGAAAUGUCAUUAUUAGCCAAAAACAUGAAAUCAAAGAGUUUUUUUUUCUAGCUGUCUUAAAUAUAAUUGCAUUUGCCAAUUACCUUGAGUGUUACGAUAGGUUACUCUGUGUAGAAAUGUCCCAAACCUUUCAUGUUUACUGAUGUAUAGUGCUUUUUUAAUCAUCAUAGUGUAAAUGACCAGAAUUACAGCUAAUAAUAUUAAUCUGUAGUACUAGGUCUUAAAAAGGACCCUGACAUUUUUAUGUAUUUGUUUAUAUUAAUUUAUUUAAUUUUUUAAAAUGUCAAUAGGUAUUUUUAUAUUUAAUAUACAGUGUUACAGCAACAUGCACAUGAAGAAAUAUGUUUACAGUUGCUCUUAACUUUGUAUUUGUUGGAAACACAUUGUGCUUUUUAAGUGUAACGUUGAUUUCAGAUUGGCCUCUACAUUUUACUGAGUGAAACCUGCCACUGUAGUAAGACAUGUUGUAACUGAUUUGGUCAUUACAGCAUGUUAGAAACAUGUUUAGUGUAAAUGGAGUUGACAGUGUAAAACACAUCCUUUCAUUGAGGGAUGAUGCUGUUCAGUCUACAAUAUUACUUGUUUUAUGUCUCAUUCAGUCAUUUCCAUCAUUAAAGAGCUGAAAUCAAA